AUGACCAGCGACUGGAUAUUUGGGGAAGGAGAAAAGAUCACCUGUAGGUUCACCCCCAGUAUAGAUAACUCCAGCUCUGAAGAGGACUCUGACGACCAGGAAGACAGAAUCAAGCAACUCCUGAAAUACCAGGAAAUCGACAUGCUUCAAGAUAAGCAACAACGAUAUUUCUAUAGCACCUCAGCAAACCAGCAAGACUGGGACUACACCCCCCAGCUACACAUGGAAGACUAUCCUGCGCUGAGAAUCAACUAUUAA